AUGGAUGACGGAGGCCGUUUCGCGCAGUCGACAAGACAUGGAUCUCAGACAAGAAAAUGUCUGGAUUCGGCUAGCGUCUGCACUUCACCUCUAGCGUGGAUCGAUUUUAACUUUGGCCAGUCCAGCGCCGAUAUUCUCGGUCACCUAUGGAAUUAUGCCAAAGGCCUUGUGGGUGCGGAAUACUUGCUUCGAGUCCGGGGUGGCACGCGCACGACUUUCAGCCAAAAGGCUCUUCAGCCGUCUUCAGUCACGGAUCGGUCGACUGGGCGUCGUCGCCCCACCGUCGUCGUGCGUUUCUUCCGCACGACUUCGGUUCACCGAUCCGGCUCUGGUCUGAAGAGAUCAGCUUUUUCGACCAUCUUCGUUCCGGAUACGUUGUCUUCCAUCACCGCACCGCCGAGUCCCGUUGCGUCCGACGGCGGCGGCGGCAUAUCGUAUUGUCGCGCCACUUGGCAUGCGUCCUUAAUUUAA